GAUUCACAUCUCUGCUUUUGAAACUAAACGCCAAAACCCUAACCAAAUGUGUGGCUCAUAACCUUCUCUCUCAAUCUCCAAUUUCCAUUACCCACAAUUCGCAUCCAAAUAACAAAUAGAGAAGCAUACAGAGGGAGGAGGAGUUGGAACUCAAUUGUACGUCGAGGAAGAAGCUGUUUCAAUGGCGGCGACUUCCAUUUCUGCAACGGGAUUGUGCUGUUCCUCUUCUUUCUUUGGAGGAUGGGGGUCUGCGGUGGCUGGAGAGGACUACGCGGCGCUGGUGGCUAAGCAGGGGCCGGUGCAAGUGGGAAUGGGGAAACCGGUGAGAUUCCGGCCGAUGAUGAAGAACGUGAAUGAAGGGAAAGGGGUUUUUGCGCCAUUGGUUGUGGUUACUCGGAAUAUCAUCGGUAAGAAGCGCUUCAAUCAGCUUAGAGGCAAAGCAAUUGCCUUGCAUUCCCAGGUAAUCACAGAAUUUUGCAAAUCAAUUGGAGCAGAUGGAAAGCAAAGACAAGGGCUAAUCAGGCUGGCCAAGAAGAAUGGAGAAAGACUUGGGUUCCUUGCCUGAGAUUUCAUCACAACUGGAAUUUCAAUCUCUUCCCUUCUUCUUAUCUCCUCUCCUGCUUUCUAUUCCAUUCAGUUCAUCAGCUGUAAUAUUAUUUUCUUAAAACACACUUUAGAAUGAAACACCCAUUUAGACACA